AUGAAGGGCGGCGGCGGAGGUGGCUUUGUGAGGGCGGACCAGAUAGAUCUGAAGACCCUGGACCAGCAGCUGGAGCGGCACCUGAGCAGGGUCUGGACCAUGGAGAAGAAGAAGGAGGAGGGUGAGGGAAGCGGCGACACCGGCAAGGCGAGGGAGGAGUGGGAGAUCGAUUCGUCUAAGUUGAUCAUCAAGGGAAUCAUCGCACGCGGCACCUUCGGCACCGUCCAUCGGGGCGUCUACGACGGCCAAGACGUCGCCGGUGAGUCCCCCUGACGCCCGCAUGCACGUACAUUCUUGGAGAUCACCGGUGGGAGAGAGAUGGACGAACUCUUUUCCACUGUGUUUUUCAUGGGUUUCAUGUUCGAACCUGACUUCUCGACGGUUUCUCUUUCGGUUCAUGCGGCUUUUCCUUUCAUCUUGGUUCCAUCGACGGGACCAUUCUUGUUCAUCUCUUCAACCCAGUUGCGGAGACGAGAGUCCGUAGAACUUCUUCUACUUCCACCCAUUUGUUCCGUUCUUCUUUGUUUUUCAUUGAUAACCAAAUUCUCUUCCGAUGAGAACUGAAGGUACUUUGGAUUUCGAUGAGAAGAACAGGGAGAUGAUAUUAUCUAGCUAUAGUUUUCUCGUAUUUCUUCCUCGCGCUCUUCUGUCGUUCCGCGUCUCUUUCUCUUCUGAACUUUUUGGGGAGUCACGGGCCCAUUAAUGGCUGUCUCCUGUCCAUCAGCUUGCUCCUGUGAAGCCCGUGAGUCCCACAAUGGCAAGUGGGGAUGGUUUCAAUGGCUUUUAUUCACUUCUUUUUCCCACUGGGUUUUCUUUUGCAUACCUUUCAUGUGAUACCCACCAGCACCCAUUGAUCCCUGAUCACGUGAUCUCAUGGGGGUACUACAUCAUCGGCAGAAAGCCAGGCAUUGUUUAUAAUAGAAACGACAGUUUCUUUAAUUCACAAAACCCUUCAGAAAAUGUAAAAAUUGAUGAAAGCUCACGAUCGAUUAUUUUUUUCCAAAUUAAAAAUUACAAAUUGGGGGCAAUGAGUUUUCAGGUAGCAUGUUCUUCAACAUACUUUGCUUUUUAAUUGUCCAUUGGGUACUCUCAGGGAAUCGGAGUUCUCGAUAUAUCUAAUGAGCAAGCUGGGGGUGGUUGCUGGUAACCAGUGGGGAUUAAACCAAUGUCAUUACAAUACUUGAGUACCCGACGGAGUUAGAAUCCUAGUUUUUUGGUCGAUUCAACAAAGAUCCCGUCAAUAAGUUGAUUGAAAAUAAAAGAAGAAAAUUUCCACUUCAAAGGAGCUUUUGUAAUUAUCAAGCUUAGAAUGAACCUUAUUGUGUGUGGAAUAUAUUGUUAAUCUUUACUUGGUUGUUGCCUUGAGGAACUUUUAAGUUACACUGAUGGUUGCAAUUAUUUUAUUUAUUUUUGGUGGGGCCGCGGGGAAGUUAUACUAAUCAAACCCACGUGAAAGAUCCUUGCCAUGAUCUCAUUAUUCGUAUAGCUCUAAAUAGGAAGCAGCCAAGGAACUCGAGUGAUGUGUGCCUCUCUGUGUUUCUUUUCACACCUUGGUUUAUCAUUAGUGAUGAAUAAAAUAAUAUUUAUUAUUGGAAUUUGGUUUUAACUCGUGAGAUGACCGAUGUUGAGUUAGGUUGGAAGUUUGAAUGUAAGCUUCACUUGUUCAGUCUUAUAGGAUUUUUGAGGGGGGGCGUCUUUCACUGUGCGCAAUCAUGGAGGAGUUGACUGUGAAGAGGUAGAUGCCUUCUGAAGAGGCAUGCCACUAACAAUGGCUCCUUCGCCAAAAGCCAAAAAAAUGUAUUUACUAAUUUUUAUACAGAAAUGAUUACUUAAGUUCUGUGUUAUGCAGUAAAAUCAUCCUAUGAACCUCAGAGAGAACCAAAUGGGCCAAUAUUGCCUGGCCCCGGAACCAGAAGUGGUAAUUGUUGAUGAUUCAGACCCCAGUUUUCUAGACCUCCUGAUCACCGAUACAUUGACUUCAAGUAAAGCUUCCUGCUAUCAGACGUCUAUUCCUUAUCUUAGCUGGCGGGUACCGUGUCCACCCAUAUGUUUAUUAUUCUCUAGAUUUUUCCUUUCAUGUCAUGUGUCACUUGAUGUAUAAAAGCUCCUCUUUGGAAAUGAUCCUCCUAUCUGCAUUUCUUCCGUAUGAAUGGACAUUUUUUAUUUCAUAAAUUUCCCGCUAACCAUAGUCAGGCUGAUAUCUAGUUCCACCUCUUGUUCAUAGUCUUUUGGCCAGAUCUCCCUUACAUAGAUCAAUAAACAAGGAAACAUAUACCGUCUCUCUGUACUUUGCCUGCUCUGUGUGCAUCUGAAUACCAGUCUCCUGUAGUCUUAAAUAAUUAGUUUUUUAAGUUGAGAGAGAAACCUUUUUCUGGAGUAUUAAUCCUGCAUCGUAGCUUUGAUUCCCCCAAUUUUGCUGGAAUCACUGCGUUGCUGAAUUUAAUUCUUUUUUUGAGAGCCAUUAGCUUUAAUGCACUAUAGUUAAGGCUGGAUCUUGUUACUUUUGUUUAUUUUCUUGGUUAUAAAUCUGUUUCCUUUUGUGCCUUGUUUCUUGUAAGAACUUACCAUUCGACAUAUUUAUCCCUACCUUGAUGAUUUUAUGUCGAUUCAUUCCAAUUGGAUCUAAUUUUUCCUCUAUUGUUGACGGAGCAUAUUUUCCUAACAUUUAAUUUGUAUUCCAUUGCUAAAAUUAAAUCCUAUACCGGAACUUGUCGGUGUGUAAUUAUGUUAACCAUAGAUGUCUUAUUCAGUCAAGUUGCUGGACUGGGGCGAAGAAGGUAGCAAGACAGAGGCAGAAGUUGCUUCUCUUCGAGUGGCCUUCACCCAGGAAGUUGCGGUCUGGCAUAAGCUUGAUCAUCCCAAUGUAACAAAGGUAUUCAUCCUCAGUAUAAGCUGCUUCUCAGUGAGGGCUUUGUAGAAAUCCCUAUGUUUGAGUAAAUUGCACAUAGAAAAGCCCCAUGACUGUUACUAAGUUCAUCAUUAGAUAGUAAGACUGGGCUAUGUGGGUUCGUGGUUACUGCCCAAUCUACCAGUUAAUUUCUAUGUGAAAUAUUGAAUUUUUUUCAGUAAUGGGACGAGCUUUAUUCACAUAUUUCUUCCAGAAUUGGAAAUACCCCUAGAAAAGGUCACAAAUCUGAAGCUUUCUUUGCAGUUUGUAGGCGCUAUUGUGGGCACGGGAGAUGUGACUAUCCAAACUGAGAAUGGUCAACUUGGGAUGCCCAGCAAUCUCUGCUGUGUUGUUGUUGAGUAUCUUCCAGGGGGUACAUUGAAAUCAUACCUUAUUAAGAACAGGAGAAGGAAGCUGGUUUUCAAGGUUGUUGUUCAACUUGCCCUUGACCUUGCUAGAGGGUAAGCUUCCCCACUUCUAUCUAAGCUGUUAGUUUCAUAUACUCUUCCUACGAGUUCAAGUGGGAUCUUAUCUCAUAAGAAUGGCAUGGGUUUCGCUGCAACUAGGCUUAGUUAUCUUCACUCCCAGAGGAUUGUUCAUCGGGAUGUGAAGACGGAGAACAUGCUCUUGGACAAGGCCAGAACAGUAAAAAUUGCAGAUUUUGGAGUUGCCCGUGUUGAGGCCCAGAAUCCCAACGAGAUGACCGGAGAAACAGGAACUCUCGGCUACAUGGCACCUGAGGUAGAUUGAUUCCCUGUGAAUAUUUUCAAUAUCAUUGCUAGCAGUGAGAGAUGAUACUAAUCUGAUUAGAGAUGUGAGAGAAAGAGAUAAAUCCAUUCAACUUGCACUAUCUGAUUAGAAAAAAAAAAAAGAAAAAAAAAAAAGAGGAGAAACUUGCAGGUUUAAGCAGCGGCUGACUGACUGGUCCCAGAUUUACUAUGAGAGAACACUCUUGUGGCCAGUUCUUCUCGCUGAUUUCUUUGCCCCAAAUCUAUCUCAGGUUCUCAAUGACAACCCAUACAACAGAAAAUGUGAUGUCUAUAGCUUUGGCAUCUGCCUGUGGGAGAUAUACUGCUGUGACAUGCCUUACCCUGAUCUCACCUUCUCAGAGAUUUCAUCAGCAGUUGUUCGACAGGUGAGUUUCUAUUCUCCCCAGUAGUAUUCUUUCCAUUUUCAGCAUCUUGAGUUGUGAAUAAAUAAAUAAUUGUACCCGUUUGGAUUUCAGAAUCUGAGGCCUGAGAUUCCAAAGUGCUGCCCAAGCUCGUUGGCUAAUGUGAUGAAGAGAUGCUGGGAUGGGAACCCAGAUAAAAGGCCCGAGAUGGACGAGGUGGUGGGGUUGUUAGAGGCCAUAGACACCUCCAAGGGAGGAGGGAUGAUCCCCCCGGAUCAGCAGCAGGGUUGCCUCUGCUUCCGCAUGCACAGAGGUCCCUGA